GAAAUGUCAGUUUGCUGCUGUACUUUUCGCGCUUGUACCUUCGUGCUUAUGCUGAACAACAACGAGUAGCAUCACCUGUGUUUCGAACUAGGAUCGUCGCAACAGUCGCCAAAAGCUUGCGCGUUGACGAGGGCGGCUAGGCCUCAAAGUAUACUUGGCAGUAUGGCGCGCUUGCGCGCGAGCUUGCUGAUGGCAGCGCUGCUCGGAAGCGCUGUAGCCCUCGUAGCAUCGGAGCGAGUCUUGCUGGGCAGCGACCAUAAAUUCAAGCCCGGAAGUGACAUCAUGCUGUAUGCAAACAAAGUCGGACCCUUUCAAAACCCGACGGAAACGUACCAGUAUUACAACUUGCCGUUCUGCCAGCCCACUGACGGCAAGGAGUAUAAGACGGAAUUCCUAGGCGAGGUGCUUGAGGGCGACCGGUUGGUGACAACUCCCUACAAGCUGCAGUUCCGCACCGAUGUUGAGAACGCGGUGCUCUGCAAACGCACGCUCACUGCUGGUGACUUAAAGAAGUUCAGGGAUGCCGUGAAGCAGGACUACUACUUCCAGAUGUUUUACGACGACCUGCCUGUGUGGGGCUUCAUCGGCAAGGUGGAGAAGAUUGUGCAGCAGGGUACGCACAAGUACUUCCUCUUUACCCACUUCCACUUCGACCUGUCCUACAACGACGACCGUAUCAUCGAGAUCAACGUGUCCAGCGACCCCAUGCGCACAGUGGACAUCACGACCGCAGACACGCUGGACGUGCAGUUCUCCUAUUCGGUCAAAUGGAAGCAGUCGUCAGUCACCUUUGACCACCGCAUGGACCGCUACGCCCGCUACUCGUUCCUGCCUCAGCAUCUUGAGAUCCACUGGUUCUCCAUCAUCAACUCGUGCGUGACGGUGCUGCUGCUGACCGGCUUUCUUGCCACCAUCCUGCUCCGCGUGCUGAAGAACGAUUUCAUGAAGUACACGCGCGACGACGAGAUGGCCGAGGAGCAGGAGGAGACCGGCUGGAAGUACCUGCACGCUGAUGUGUUCCGCUUCCCGCCCCAGUCAAACCUGUUUUCGGCUAUGCUGGGCGUGGGCGCGCAGAUCCUGGCUAUGGCCAUGUGCAUCUUCGCGCUGGCGCUGGUGGGAGUGUUCUACCCCUACAACCGCGGCGGCCUGCUGUCGGCCUGUGUGGUGCUGUACGCGCUGACGGCCGGCAUCUCGGGCUACGUUGGUGGCCUGCACUACAAAAUGUUCGGCGGCACGAACUGGGUGUCGAACGUGCUCCUGUGCACGGUAAUGUACUGCGGCCCCGUGCUAGUGGUGUUCUCCUUCCUGAACACCGUGGCCAUCUUCUAUCGCUCAACGGCCGCGCUGCCUUUCGGCACCAUUGUCAUCAUCAUCCUCCUGUGGGCGUUGAUCACCUUCCCGCUUACCGUGCUGGGUGGCAUCGCCGCAAAGAACUCCAAGGUGGAGUUCAACGCGCCAUGCCGGACGACCAAGUUCCCCCGCGACGUGCCGCCGCUGCCCUGGUACCGCACCACGGUGCCGCAGAUGCUCAUGGCCGGCUUCCUGCCCUUCUCCGCCAUUUACAUUGAGCUGUACUACAUCUUUGCCAGCAUCUGGGGCCACAAGGUGUACACCAUCUACUCGAUUCUGUUUAUCGUGUUUAUCAUCCUCAUCAUCGUGACCGCCUUCAUCACCGUGGCGCUCACCUACUUCCAGCUGGCGGUGGAGGACCACCGGUGGUGGUGGCGCUCCUUCCUGUGCGGUGGCUCGACUGGCCUGUUCGUGUAUGGAUACUGCUUCUACUACUACUAUGCCCGCUCCGACAUGAGCGGCUUCAUGCAGACGUCGUUCUUCUUCGGCUACAACGCGGUGGUGUGCUACGCCUUCUUCCUCAUGCUGGGCGCGGUCGGCUUCCGCGCCUCGCUGCUGUUCGUGCGUCACAUCUACCGCGCCAUCAAGUGCGAGUAACGGAUGGGCGAUGGCGUUGGUUGGAUGGCUGCGGAGGCUAGCUGAGCAUAUUCGCAAUCGUGGGCACUGGUCGGACGCAGGGUUACGGGUGCCGGGUUAUAGAAAGUACUGCACCCUUGCACCCUGUGGGGCUACCGGUAAUCGGGGCAGUGCGACUGCAAUGCGGCUGCUGUCAUAGAUGAGAGCAUUCUUUAUAGCGAUGCCAGGAUUUGAGCUGGAGGGCAGCUCGCGAGCAUGUGAGGGAACACAAACAUUGUUGGCCUGAGAUACGGCAGGCCAAGAAUGGGCUGGUGAUGGGCCUUGAAUGAACUAAGCAGGCAGAGUUUCGUGACAUACUUGUUUAUAGGAUUGCGGAAUGCGAACCGGCUGUAAAGCUGGAGUACGGUAUCAGGGGUCGGAGUUGACUGGGACAAGGGUGUCUCGUACAGUCUCGUACUGUGCAUUAAGCCUUGUGUGGUCGCGUGGCAGUUUCACCAGGUUUAACGAAAGAUCUCGGUCUGGGUGUGCUGCUUCUCGGUCGGCGGGGCAAGGGGAGGCACGUGGGGAACUAGGUCGCAAAGGGUCGCACGACAGGUGCGGAUGUGGGGUGGGGUCUCGGCCACGGGUCUCGCGCCGGCUCACACUCUUGCACAGGCAGUGUUCUAGGGCCCGAUGUGGAGACAUGGCGGCCAUGGAAAAGAACAUCAGA